AGAGGGGGAGAGCUCGAGGAGGGAGAGGCCGGAGCUGAGGGCGCAGCUGUUUGGAACCAUGACUGAAGAUGACGGAUUCGGUGGUGGUGGAGGGUCAGGUCAAAUUGAGAGAUGGAAAAAAGUGGAAAACUAGGUGGCUGGUGUUGCGCAAGCCCUCCCCGGUAGCAGACUGCCUGUUGAUGUUAGUAUACAAGGACAAAUCUGAAAGAGCCAAGGGUUACAAGGAGAGGAGCAGCGUGACUCUAGAGGACAUCUGUGGCCUUGAUCCUGGUCUCCCCUACGAGGGCUUGACUCACACUCUCGCCAUCAUUUGCCUGUCCCAGGCUGUGAUGCUGGGUUUUGACAGCAAGGACACAAUGUAUGCCUGGGAUAUCCGGAUUCGCUACUCUCUGGGGGAAGUCCACAGGUUUCAUGUGGCUGUGGCACCAGGCACCAAGCUGGAAAGUGGACUGGCUACUCUUCACCUCUGCAAUGAUAUUCUGGUGCUGGCUAAAGACAUUCCUCCUGCUGUCAUGGGUCAGUGGAAGCUCUCCGACUUGCGGCGUUAUGGGGCUGUGCCAAACGGCUUCAUCUUUGAAGGCGGGACCAGGUGUGGGUACUGGGCUGGUGUAUUUUUCCUUUCUUGUGCAGAAGGAGAGCAGAUCAGCUUUCUUUUCGACUGUAUCGUCCGGGGCAUCUCCCCCACGAAAGGCCCCUUUGGCCUGCGUCCCGUCCUCCCAGAUCCAAAUACAAACCCAUCGUCCAUGGAAGAGAGAGUGGCUCAUGAAGCUCUACAGCUAGAGAAGAGGCUCAGUCUUCUUUCACACUCAAGUCGUCCAGGAAGUGGAGGAGAUGACAGGAGUCUGUCCAGUUCUUCAUCAGACACCAGUCACUCAGAUGCCAGUGCUGGGAGCCGGCUCACUCUCUGGCCUGAGCAGUCCUCGGCCAGCACCUCCCAGGAGAGCCAUGGGCUGGCAGCUGCUAAAUCCUUCCAACUUGGGGAAGACAAGGCACACAUGGAGGCUAUGCAUGGUGCCGCCAAGCCACUGCCAAAACCUCUCCGGUCUAGACAGCUCCAGGAAAUCGGCCGCCAGAGUUCUUCUGACAGUGGCAUAGCCACAGGGAGUCACUCCUCCUACUCUGGUAGCUUCUCUUCCUAUGCUGGGAGCCUGGACAUCUGCCAUGGUGAUGAGUUUGGUUCCCUGCUCAGCUUGCCUUUGAACUUUGCUUCGGAACAGAGUUUGUGCACUUGCCAGCCCAGUGAGCCCCACAGGGGCCUGGAGUAUCAGGUUCCUAGCUCUUUCCGACAUCUCUAUGACACACCCAGGAGUAUAUUACAAGCAGCUGCUAAGGAUGCUCAGCACGGUGGUGGUGCAGAUUCCACAGGACCCAAGGACCAGGCCCCAGGCCCUCAACAGGCCAGUGACCCCAAAGCAGCACCAGCCCCUCCCUCGGAGGCAGGAGCUGCCUCUGAGCCUGACCAAGACUCGGCGGGGCCCACUGCCUCCCUUGCUGAAGGCACCAAAGACUUGGGUGAUGAGACUUAUGCAGAUUUUCUUUCCAGGUGGUCAGGCAUCAAACCUCCAGGACAGGUGUUAGAAUCCCAAAGUAGUGAGUCGGUUUCACCUAGUGGAGUGUCUGCUGAGCCUUGUGAAAUGUGUAGUCCCCGCCCCGGGGCUCCAAGAGCUUUCUUUACAUCAUGUCCAGUCUGUGGUGGACUCAAGGUAAAUACCCAUCCCUGAGCAGAAGCUAACCCAGGCCCAACCUGAGUUUAAGUGAUGUGAUUGAUUUCAGUUUAUCGAGGAUGCAGCAUUAGCAAUGGGCAGCGGUCCUGUUGGAGAAGCAUCCUAUUCAUGUUUUUUGUAUAAAUUAGCUUAGAAAGUGAGGGAUAAAUGACCAAACCCCACGAGAGAGACCCAGGCCUUGAAGGCAAGGCACAGGGAGUACUUGAAAUGAUGGGCUACUAACCCUGGGGUCAUUUAGCCUUGAAGAUGCAGGUAUAGUUUUCUUCCUUCUGGAGAAGAGACCAGGUGGGUGGAGAGAGCACCUCCUCAGUGUUUAAACAUACUUUUGAUGAGAGGAUGCCUCAGGAAGGUAGGAAAGGUUUGUAUUUGGAGAGAAGAAUCCCAGCUUGAGGAUAUGUUGCUUGAGCGGGAAUAUGAGUACUAUCUAGAAACGUAGAUUGGAUCCAAAGACCAUAGAAUUUUAGACCUGAAAGGGUCAUUAGGGGUCAUCUAGUCUCUUCAGCUUAUAUGGGGAAACUGAGGCCCAGGACAGGAACUGGACUAACCCAAGGUCUCACAGAUAGUGAAUGGCAGAGCCAGGAAUCAAACCCAGGUCUUUUGACUCGGAAUUCAUGAUUCUCUUUACUCGUACUGCCUCUUGGUGAGAAUUUCAGAGUAUAAAAGAUUGAAAUGGCUUUGUCACCUAAGACAUUCACACCCAAUAGAUUCUAUUUUCUGUAGUGCUUGAUAAUUUACAAAGUGUGUCCCUCGCAACAGUGCUGUGAGGCAGGCAGUUCAAGUAUUAUCCCUGUUGUACAGAUGGGAAAACUGAGGCAGAGAGAAGUCAAGUAACUUGUGAUGAAGGUCACACAGUUGGUAAAUGGUAGAGCCAGGACUCCUGUGUCCAAACCCAGUGCUUUUUUUCUUUUUUCACCAUACUACACUUUCUUUAAGCCAGUAUAUUCAGUCUACACAGGGAAAGAAUUGCCCCCUAAAGACUGAGGCAAGGAUAGUAGAGACCCAGACUAAAAGAUGAGAUUUCCUAGACUUUUUGGCUUUUCUUGGUCCUACGCCUCUCAUGCUUUGCAUGUCCUUUAUUUCUCUGCCUUGUGUUUCUGGAAACAGAGCUCUGCAUUCCUGAGCAGUGAUGAGUUAAGUGACAGAUUUCUGUCCCCUCUCUGUUCUGACAGUAACUUAGCACCAUUUAUUGUUAACCUGAGAUGGGUCUGUCUUAGACUAGCUAGAAUUAGAAGGGUCCUUAGAAUCUAGAACAUAGUGGGAAAGGGUCUCAACAUCCAGUCCAGUUCUCAAAUUUCACACACAAGAAACCCUAGGAUCUAACUGGUAAUGUCCCUCAUGGCCAAGGUCACACAGUGAGUUAGUGGCAGACAUAAAGGACUAAAACCCAGGUCUUCCCUGAAAUCCGGGCCAGUGAUUUUUUUCAACUACAUCACAGAUAGCUGAUUAGAAAAUAGAUCUUAGACCUAAGUUCUGGGAUUGUAAAGCUAAAAUGGAAAUCCUUUAAAAAAUCAGUAAGAGAUUUCUUCCUCACUGCACUGCUCCCCACUUCCUCAUCCCAUGUUUAAUGGAACUCUGAAACAUGUCUCCUCUAGAUUUUCAGUAGGACUUUUUGAAAGGUUUAAGUUAAAGCGCUGCAGUUGAUUUUAGUUUGUUAAGGAUGUAGAAGUAGCAAUGGACAGUGGUCCAUUGGAGGCAAGCACCUUAUCUGUGCUUUUCGUGUAAAUUAGCUUAAAAAUAGCCCUGACCCUUGCAAUGCAAUCAUGGGAUGUGAUAAAAUUCUGAGGAAUCUGGGAGGCUCUACCUGAAUCUCUUUUCUCAUCUGCUUCUCUCAACCUCAUGAGUAGAAUGAAUAGUUUUCUUAAUGUUCAUAUUAUAAACUGGGAACAGUAUCUGUGAUCAGAUGUUAUCUGAUCAAAGCAUAACUCAAGAGAUUACUUUGAUAUUCGAAUGAAAAUGGCUUCUGGGCAUGACCUCCUGAGAGGCUGAAGUCUUCCAGGGAGCACUUAAGAGGCCCAUAAGCAAGAAGGAGAAGGGGAACUUGUUAACAAAGGGCCCCAUUUCCUGCUUCUAUUUUGACAUUUCAUGCUGAGAUGGUGGUGAGGAUGACUCGGUAGCAAGUGGCUCCAUUGUCUUCUUUUCUUUUUAUAUAAAUGGCCAUUUUGCCUCCAUGAUGCCAUGAGUGGGAGAGCCAACUUAGUGAUUUCUGAGGAAGAGAUAGAGCAUCCUUUGGGCAGCUCCAAUCUCAGGGCUUUCCACCAUGCCUUCCAUGUCCUCUGACUCCUCAGGCCUCAGCCAGGCAGUUUCCAGAAAUCCUUUUUGUGGUAAAUGCUGAAGCUCGUUAUUUUUUGUGGAUCUCGUAUGGUGAUCAAAGUGAGUGACAGUAGUAUUUAUUCAGCUUUUGAACCUAGUGAUUUUUAUCAAUGGGAUUUUGUGGGGGGGAGUUACUUGUUGUUACAAUAUAGUAGAUUAUUAGCCUAUGUUCCUCAGUGAUAUAGAUGUAGUGAAAAAAAAAGACCCUUGGGAAUUGCCCGAGUCUAAAAUCUGGUUCUGUGCAACCAGCAGGCUGGUCUCUACGGCUGACUAAGCUUUUGGUUGUUUGAAGUUUCUUGCUAGGCAGAGAUGGGAAAGUGUGUUUUGGCAGGUGGUAAGAGGACCAUAGGGUCCGAGUGCAUUACUUUACUCAGUUUGAGAAUGUGGAGUAUAGCUGAGGAUCCAUAUGGACUCUCAUCUUAUGACUUUGGACUGGGAAGAAUGGCUGUUAGGAUACAGGGCAUCACAUUCAGGAUGGAGAUGGCCAGGAGAAGCCUUCUAAGGGCAAGGAGAAGCCCUUGACUAAGAAUCCAAGAACUUCUGGAACAUAGUAUCAGCAUCAGAGAUGCAAGAUCAGGGCCUUGAUCCUUCCAAUCUUUUCAUCUUCUAGCCUAACUCUGCCAUUCUGCAGAGAAUUUUCUUGAUGACAAACUGCAUGGAGUGUGAAUUUCUUUGCAUCUUUUUAAUUAUUUUCACUCUGAGAUUUCAGAUGCACCAAUGAAAGGUGUUAGCUAAGUGCCCCGUUCAUAUCAUCAGACAUCUCCUGUUGGGAACCAUGAUCACUUUUUGUUUUGUAUCCUUUCAGGUGUAUUGCUACCCUCUCUCCAUGCUUUGGUUUGGGAUAAAGUAGCUUAAUGUGUACAUAUUUUACUCUGUAACUUUAUUGUCAGGUGACAUUUUGAUGCUAUUUUUAUUUUUUUUAAUCAUCCAUUGUUUGUAAUACCUUCUUAGUUUGGAAAUAAAAUUUUCUCUUUUCCUACCA